UUGCACUUCUCAAGUCCAUUACGCAUUUCCACGUUACCUUCGUCUAAUAUCUCUUCCCCGGUCAGUACCCACUACACAAUUCGUUCUACAAUUUUGAGAAUUGCAGCGAGAGCAGAGGAGCUCGCCAAGUCUAAUAAUGGUGUCGUCAUUAACGAAUCCUUUGCUAUCCAAUUUUUUUGGUGCCCGAAUCGCUUCUCCUCCGACGCCCAAGACGAUACCAAGAAAAGUAGUUGUUCCACAAUCAGUUCUUGAGAAUAAGAGCCCCAAGAAACCGAAGAACAUCCCCAGCCACGCCGCUCUAGCUGCUUUACUCUUCUCUUCAAUCUCUCCACAAGCAUUAGCAUUGGAUAAUGCAUCGCCGCCGACUCCUCCCCCGCAGGUGAUUGAAAUGGAGGCGCAGAAGUUGGGAAAUUCGUCGCCGUUUGGGCAAAACCUUGUUUUGAAUGCUCCGAAGCCUCAGGCCCAACCUGCUUCUGAUCUUCCCGACGGUUCCCAAUGGCGAUACAGCGAAUUCCUGAACGCGGUGAAGAAGGGAAAGGUUGAGCGAGUGAGAUUCAGCAAGGACGGAAGCGCCCUUCAGCUGACCGCCAUAGAUGGGCGUCGGGCUACUGUGAUUGUCCCCAACGAUCCGGAUUUGAUCGACAUCUUGGCGAUGAACGGCGUCGAUAUUUCGGUCUCCGAGGGCGAUUCCGGAAAUGGGCUGCUGAAUUUUAUUGGGAAUUUGCUGUUUCCUCUUCUCGCUUUUGCAGGGCUUUUCUUCUUGUUUCGACGGGCCCAGGGCGGUCCCGGAGGGCCCGGAGGACUUGGUGGGCCGAUGGACUUCGGCAGGUCCAAGUCUAAGUUCCAGGAGGUGCCGGAGACUGGUGUUACCUUCGCUGACGUGGCCGGAGCCGAUCAGGCCAAACUGGAGCUGCAAGAAGUGGUUGAUUUCUUAAAGAAUCCCGACAAGUACACUGCCUUGGGUGCAAAGAUCCCCAAAGGCUGUCUUUUGGUGGGUCCGCCGGGCACCGGAAAGACCCUUUUGGCGAGGGCGGUGGCCGGGGAGGCCGGCGUGCCAUUUUUUUCAUGUGCAGCUUCAGAGUUUGUGGAGCUGUUUGUGGGCGUUGGGGCUUCAAGAGUGAGGGAUUUGUUUGAGAAGGCGAAGUCGAAAGCGCCUUGCAUUGUGUUCAUCGAUGAAAUUGAUGCUGUAGGGAGGCAGAGAGGGGCGGGUCUUGGCGGUGGCAACGAUGAGAGAGAGCAGACCAUUAACCAGCUCUUGACUGAAAUGGAUGGAUUUUCCGGCAACUCUGGUGUCAUUGUGUUGGCUGCGACUAACAGGCCGGAUGUUCUUGAUGCGGCGCUGCUGAGGCCUGGGAGGUUUGAUCGACAGGUUACUGUCGACCGGCCUGAUGUUGCUGGCAGAGUCAAGAUUCUCCAGGUGCAUUCGAGAGGCAAGGCACUGGGUAAGGAUGUCGAUUUUGAAAAGAUUGCGAGGAGGACGCCAGGCUUCACGGGUGCGGAUUUGCAAAACCUGAUGAACGAAGCUGCCAUACUUGCAGCGAGGCGGGAACUUAAGGAAAUAAGCAAAGAUGAGAUCUCUGAUGCUUUGGAAAGAAUUAUCGCUGGACCGGAGAAGAAGAACGCCGUAGUCUCUGAUGAGAAGAAGAGGCUGGUAGCUUAUCAUGAGGCGGGGCACGCAUUGGUUGGCGCAUUGAUGCCGGAGUACGAUCCGGUCGCCAAAAUCUCAAUAAUUCCGCGCGGCCAAGCCGGAGGCCUUACCUUCUUCGCGCCAAGCGAAGAGAGGCUUGAGUCGGGGCUGUACAGUCGAAACUACUUAGAAAAUCAGAUGGCUGUUGCGCUUGGUGGAAGGGUUGCCGAGGAGGUUAUUUUCGGCGAUGAGAAUGUUACAACAGGUGCAUCAAACGACUUCAUGCAAGUUUCGAGGGUUGCGAGGCAGAUGGUCGAGAGAUUCGGGUUCAGCAAGAAGAUCGGACAGGUGGCAAUCGGCGGCCCCGGUGGAAAUCCUUUCCUUGGCCAGCAGAUGUCGUCGCAGAAAGACUACUCCAUGGCGACGGCAGACGUGGUGGACGCCGAAGUUCGAGAGCUCGUCGAGAAAGCAUACUCAAGAGCCAAGCUUAUAAUCACGACCCACAUCGACAUUCUACACAAGCUUGCUCAACUGCUCGUCGAGAAAGAAACAGUUGAUGGAGAAGAGUUCAUGAGCCUGUUCAUUGAUGGAAAAGCUGAACUCUUUGUGGCCUGAAACUUUGCUGUGUAUAUUUGUUUAAUAUAGUCUUCGAAUUUUCAGUACAGUACAGUGUUGUAUGAUCAAAACUAAAUAGACUCCAAAAGAAUGAAUACCCCUAAUCCUCUAUAGUUUGCAUUA